AUGUCGAAAAUCCCCAAUAGUAAGCUUACUCUGAGCUUAGCGUACCGCUGGCGUGAAGAGAGACGCCUUAACUCAGACAGAACCGUCUCUAAGAAAGGCGAAGUAUGCGUGGGUGAUGACUUCUUCCUGCAGCCUGGGAACACUGGUGGCGGAGGGGUCCCGUUUCUGCAAAGUGCUGUUGCAUCCCCCUCGGAGAGAAGACUCAGAUUGACCCAGCCGGUCGCCGUAAGCGUAUCAUGCCAGAGCUCAGAAGAUUUUGAAGCACAAAGUCUUGAUCUGGUUCUCAGAACCCUUAGGACGCUACUGGAUGAGAAUCCGUUCAAGCAGCUGGUAGUAGGCCUCUCAGGAAUAUCAUCGCACUUAGCCAUAGAUUUUUCCCGCGUGAGCUUUUUCCUUGUUGAUGAGCGCUAUGUGCCACCUACGCACCCCAAAUCGAAUGUCCGCCUGGUCAUGGAGGAGCUGUUUGGACAGGAGGUCUGGAGUGAUCCGGAGGCGGGUGGCACCCUGAAAUUUAGGCAGACAGCUGAUUCGUGGCCCCACCCCAGUUUCGAUUUCUCUUAUCCUGAUACAUCCUUGCCUGUCGAGCAAUGCAUUGAGAAGUACAGAGAGACCUUGAACAACUUGCUCUGGAGACACGGCGGUGUGGACAUUGUCCUACUAGGCAUGGGGGACGACGGCCACAUCGCGUCCAUCUUCCCACCUCUGAGCACGGCUCAGUAUGAGACUGUGAUGUGCCCAAAUGCCAUAGCGGUUCACUCUACAACUGACCGUUUUGACGUCCACGACCGUAUCUCCGUCAGUCUACAACUGCUUACUGGAGCGAGCCGCAAGGUUUUUCUUAUUAAGGGAGAGUCAAAGUUGGACACUUGGUUCCGAAUGGAAUCUGACCCGGAGCAGGGGUUUGCCCGUUCAAAGCUAGAGUUAGCCGAGUUUUGGAGACAGAUAGCGGAACAUCUUACAAGUGGAGACGGCUACGAUGACGAAGUUGCACUUAAGAAACUGAGCGAUCAUCUUGAUGCUUUAGAAGGUUCAGAAGGGGAAAACAACAGACUGUUCUACUUGGCACUUCCCCCUCAGCUGUUUGCUCUUAAUGUGCGUUCAAUCAGGAAGCACUGCUGGGCACUAAAGGGCUGGAACAGAGUGGUGGUUGAAAAACCAUUUGGACGUGACAGUGAAAGCUCAGAAAAAUUGUCAAACGAGCUUAUGGAAGUCCUUCAAGAAAAAGAGUCCGACCGCCAUAGCGAUCCAGCAGACUACCACCUUUCACCUUUGCAAGAGUUGCGAAUUCCUCUAGCCAGUAUCAUUCGGGACGUGAUGCAGAAUCACAUGUUGCAGCUGCUGACCUUGAUAGCGAUGGAGCCUCCUGCAUCUCUUAGCGAUGAAGACGUCAGAGAUGAAAAAGUCAAAGUUUUGAAACAGAUGCCUCCAAUCACUAUACUUGGAGCUGCGUUUGCUGUACUGCAGGACCCCGGAGUCCCUCCCGAUUCUAGGACGCCUACCUUCUGCACAUGCGCGUUGUGGAUCGAGAAUGAAAGGUGGCGGGAUGCUGGCAAGGCUCUGGAAAAGCGCUGCACGGAGAUUCGUAUUCAGCUUCGGCCGAUCGCUCAGUCCUUUUACCCUGAGGAAGAUCUUUCAGAGAACGAACUUGUCAUCAUCGUACAACCUCGUGAAGCUAUUUACCUCAAGUUCUAUACGAAGAAGCCGGGGCUUGCCCCAGGACUCCAGCUGACAGAACUAGACCUAUCAGAUGAGUUGCGCGAGGCUUGGCGCAUCUUCACACCGCUACUCAAGCAGAUCGAUGAACCUGGAGUCAAGCCGGAACCUUACCCUUACGGAUCUCAUGGACCUGAAUCGGCAUACACCUUUAUCCAGCGCUUCUAUUCCUACCAUAAGGAGGCGCGAUAUCAAUGGCAUGCAAAACACUGA